AUGUUUGAGGCCUCACUGGCUACUCAUACCAGCCAAACCCGCCAGUUGAUCCAAACGAGAGAUAUCGGCGGUGAAGGCAAGUUCGGCGUCAAUGCGCUGCCGUACAUCCGCCUCCUUCCACCGGACGCUGUAGAUCUGAAAUUCGGUUCGAUCGCAAUAGACGCCGGAGAUUUCUCCGGUUUAGCGGAAUCUAUGGCACAGUUUAUCCGGUUCGAUUACAACCUCCAUCUCCGAUUUCGAGGAAGAUCCGAAUCGAAGAAAAAGUACGCUAAUGAAUUCGAAGCCGCCAUCAACGAACAGAUCAAUGUUGAGUACAAUGUUUCAUACGUCUACCAUGUUAUGUAUGCCUACUUUGAUAGGGACAAUGUUGCUCUCAAGGGGUUAGCCAAAUUCUUUAAUGCAAUGUACACAUGUGUAUUCUGA